GGGAUUAUGAAUGUUACUGGUGUAGGAGUGCAGAUUUAGCUCGGCGUGGAAGGAUUUAAGUAAAUUGUGUGUGCCUCAGAAGUUUUGAGUAAAUUGUGUGUGCCUGAGAAGUUUUGAGGUUUAGGGUUCCGAUGAUCAAGAGAGUUUAUUAUAGCCAUGUUAAGGAAACAAGCACGACGUUUUAUUAAAGAGCCGGGUUCUCUAGUAAAUAGAAUUUUUAAAGCUCGACAUUUUCCGAAUAAUUGUUUGAGAAAGCUAGGCUAGGGACUAACCCCCCUUUUGUGUGGAGAAGCAUUAUGGCUACUCAGGAUAUUGUGAGCAGAGGUUUACAACGACUAGUGGGGUUUGGUCAGAUGCUUGAGUUCCGGGGUUGGAAGUUUGGUGGUGUCUUUUAACCGUCUGGCUGGUAUUAGUGAUAUGAAUAUGGUUGCUUUACUCUCACAGAAUAAGAAGUGUUGGAAUGAGGAGAGAAUUCGAAGCAUUUUUAAGGAGAAUGAAUUUGCAAAAGUCUUGAGCAUACCGAUUAGAGUUUGGAUGAGGCUAGAGGUAACUAUUAACGCAUAGAAUAUAUUGCUGCAUGAUUCUUGGAGCUACCAUAAACGGAAAUAUCCGUUUUAUUAAUUCCACCAGUGAUUUACUUCCUUUGUGAUAGUGAUUGCCUCAAUUAUUUAGUUCCUUUUAUAUUACUUUUCCUUCGUUACCGAACUGUACGUGCAUGUAUAUAUAUGAGGCCUGUGCGCCACUCUAAAUUAUGAAACAGAUACAUAUUUUCUCUUCUAUUACCUCAGUUCAUAUUAUUUAUUAUCAAUUCUUAUUAUGGUAUCAGAGACAAAACCUGGCAUAAAAUUUCAUAUUACUUUGACCAUAUAAAAAUGGCUGUCGGUGAUGCCGCAGAUGGCGAUGGUCAUGCAUUGACCAUCGAUUGCAUGUCGCCGUACUACAUUCAGUCCGGGGAUAAACCCGGAGAUGUAUUUGUGACUUCACUUCUACGAGAUGGCAAUUACGGUGAUUGGCUCGAUGAAAUGAGUAACGCCUUGUAUGCCAAGAACAAGUUUGGGUUCGUGAAUGGAGAUUUGCCGAUGCCGGAAGCAAAAUCUCCCUACUUGCCAUAUUGGCAACGAGCCAAUGCAAUGGUGAAAGGAUGGUUAAACAGUAGCAUGGAGCUUGAACUACGGCAGAGUGUCAAAUUCAAAACGGCCCGAGAGAUAUGGACAGAUCUUGAAGAACGCUUUGGGAAGGAGAGUGCACCCCGGGCUUAUGAACUCCGAUGCUCUUUGGGGGCCGUACGGCAAGAUAAUCAAUCUGUGUCGGCUUAUUUUAGCCGGCUGCGAAAGAUAUGGGAUGAGAUGGCUUCGAUAACCAAGGCUCCAACGUGUGACUGUGGCAAAUGCACGUGCAACUUGGUCAAAAGGAUGAAUGAAAUCCGUGACCGCGAACAUCUUUAUGACUUUUUAAUGGGCCUGGAUGAUUAUUAUGCAUCUCUCAAAUCCCAGAUACUGGCCACUCGACCGAUUCCCACGUUGACCUUUGCGUACCACCUAAUUUCCGAAGGAGAGCAACAUCGGAACAUCGCCUCAACGAGGAAGUCUGGGCUGGAAGGAGCAGCUUUCCAAACGCAAGGGAAACCAUUAAUUGAUGGUGGCCGGAAGGUGAGUAAUAAGGACGGACGUUUUUGCACGCACUGCGGCAAAACAAAUCAUAGCUAUGAAACCUGUUUUGAAAUUGUGGGUUACCCGGCUAAUUGGAAUGUACGAGGAAAAGACACCAAACCACAUAGUGGCCGACAGAGGGAAGGACGUCCUGGAGAGCAUCACACACGAAGCACAGACCGUGGGAUUUCUCAAAAAAGGGGCAGUCAACCAAAGGCAGCCCAUGUUGACUUUCCUGACAAUUCAGUGAUGGGACUCUCUUCUGAUCAGCUUCAGCGCCUGGCAGAAUUUAUGCGGCUAGAAUUUAGCCCUCCCAGUGCAACCAAUGAUACUUCUAUGGAAGGACAAGUAAAUAUGGCAGGUAAACAACGGUUCACACCUUCAUGGAUAAUAGAUUCUGGGGCAUCCGAACACAUUACUUGUGAUAGUGCCAGACUUUCUGAUCUCAUCAGGAAUUCCUCUGAAUCUCCUGUUCGGAUACCAAACGGACUUAGCCUCGAAGAAGCUGAUUGGGGUGGGUAGAUGUCGAAAUGGACUAUAUUAUCUUGAUGACUUCAUCAACAAGCGGGUGGCAAUGAUGGUCUCUUCCCAAAGCGAAAUUUGGCACCAACGUUUAGGGCAUGCUUCUGAUAAUAAACUUUGUCAUAUUGAUUUUUUACAAGGUUUUAAGAGGAAUAAUUUAUUCUGUGACUCCUGUGUUCGAGCCAAACAGACUCGUAUCCCCUUUCCAACUAGUUCUAUUAAAACGCAUCAGAGUUUUGAUUUAAUCCAUUGUGAUAUUUGGGGUGGAUACAAAU